AUGGAAACUCUGAGAACGGAUAGCGAACACGAUUACGAUGAUACUUCUGAAACGACAUUAUCUCUAUACGCUUUGGCGCCUACGGAAACCUACGUUGACAGUGAAGAUCUGGAGUCGUUUGAGGAAUUAUCAUAUUCGGACAUGGAAGCGAAUUCCUGGGCGGGUUACGACUACGACUACGCCUAUCCACGGCAAUAUUUGACAGACAGAACAGCAGAGUGUAGGGAUCUCCAUCAGUCCAGCGGAUCUGAUAGUUUAGAUGAAUCAAAAGAAUAUAACGAUGCAGUUCCAUCUGAAAUAACAGAUGAAGAGAAGGCGCUCAAGACGGCAUCGUCAUGCAUUGAUUUGGACACGGCGCUCUCAGAGAGUUCAAUCUAUUCGGAGUAUACACCAGCGCCAAGCGAGACGAAUGUCGAAAUAGAAUAUGACAUCAUUGCUGAAGCGUCUCCUAUGAGUACAGCUGUGAGUGGAAACGUCUCUUGGUACAGCUUACCAAAAACCGAUGCGGAGAUUGAAGUGCAAGCUCCUCUCUACAUUGGUGGCGCACGAGUAGUAGACUCCAUUGAGUGCUUGAACAUGCUCUCUGAAGCUAAGCUCAUCCCAGUCGAGGACUUGGGCAAUCCUACAAUUAAUUAUCUUGGCUCUUGUCCAAUGAAAACGCCUAGUGAAAUAGAAGAGGAAAAGUACGAGUAUUCCUAUUAUUCUGAUGGUCCAUCGGAGACAAACGUCAGUAUGGAUGGAAUCCAUAUGUUCAGCGACAUUGACGGGGAAAACGACCUGAAACGAGGUCUAGCUGCUAGGCGGCUGCGCAAACGACAAAGUCGUCUUGUUAAUCGGACUACAAAGCUGCAUCACAAGUUCCUGACAUUGAUUCGUUGCGUGUUGAAACAUGAAAUUCGUUUUUGA